AUGUCGGAUACGAACGAACAGCAGCCGGUCAUAGACCCCAUGGUUCAACGUCACCUCCCCUCAUACAUCGAAACUCGCACUCCAGGCUCAUACUUCCCGAGCGCCUCUCCUUCCUCCCCAAGUCGAUUUAUGAGCUGGCAAUACAUAAUCGACGUCCUUUCGCACGGAGAUCUCGAUCAGCUUUUCCGGGAUCCAACGUGCGAUACGGCCUAUCGAGCGUUUGCCCACGGUGUGCGAGCACAGUUUGAUGGAAUUGAAAACUAUAUUCGACACGUUCGUCUGGGCUGGCCUGUUGAAAAGGGUGGAGUUACAGGACCGAAUAUGUUAGACAGACCGCAAAAAGAUCCUCUCUCAAUCCUAUCCCAGCUUUCCUCUCUGUCCGGAUCAGGAGUUUCGACCCCCAACGGAACAAGGUUACCGGUAGGCGCGGUAAAAGAAACCUGGCCAGAGAAAGUUGUCCCCCACCCAACUCAGCCUGGUAUAGUUCUACGACAUUUUGUUUCGGAUGCGGAUAUUGACGGAGAAGCAGGAGAGAGUUUAGUAAAAACAAUCCCCAAUGAUUGGCCGUAUGGAAUCCCAACAGGUAGUACUCAUUGGGUUGUUUGGAGCAAAUUACCCAUUCUUCACCCUUCCCUAUUCUCUACUCCUGAUACACCUUUUCCUGAACCUCUCCGAGAAGAGUUGUACAACUGCGUUACAGGCGACGGUAUAAGGGGGUUUACCGGAUUCAUCCCCACCUCACCAACAAAUCCCACCUGUAACUGGCGAGGAAGACAAAUCCCCGAAAUCCUUGGCACUUACUCACAAGCAAAACUAGCAGAACAAUAUCAAACCGAAGGUCUAGCGGGAAGACUAACGAGGGAGGAAAUAAGCAAAGCCCACAAUUGGGCAUCAAAACAUGUCACAGAGUAUAUAAAGAAAGUUUGGCCAGAGGAGAAGUUUGAAACCGCUUGGUUUUGCAACCCUCCCCUACUGCGGACUGUUCCUGGUUUAAGUCAUUUUCACGUUGUUGUUAGGGAGAAAGGUUCAGCUUCGUCUUGA